AUGCUAGCCGCAGCUAGAGAUGGCCAACUUGGGGAGCUACAGAAUCACUUCAAAACUUGGGACACAGAGCGCACUGAGGAAGGUGCGCCAGCAACCAGCAGGGAUCAUCUUUGGUUCAAGCCGUUGGUAUCCGAGCAGCUUGAAAUUUUCAACGAGUUGAAUCGGCCCAAGGAAAACACCAAGAAGAUCCACACGGACUGGUAUAUCCGCAAUCGAAUUCUGGUCGAAGCCUCGCAAAAGAAUAGGGUCAACGUCGUCGAGUACCUUCUGGAGCAGCGAGAUUGCCCCAUUACCUCCCGAGCCGUGCAGAGAGCCAUGAUGGGGAAUUCCUUUGACGUUUUGGAGUUAUUUCUCUCACAUGGGUGGGAUAUCAACCAACCCAUCCAAAACAACAUCUGUACUAUAUUACGGCAGGUUGUCAGCAACGAGAACCGGGUACGCUGGUGUCUCGAGCAUGGGGCAAAUCCCAAUGCCCGAAGUAAGGACAAGAUAAAGGAUGUACUGAGCCAUGCUGCUUGCUGUGCAUCAUUGUCCACUCUCAAACUUCUAGACGACCAUGGAGCAGAUUUUGCGCGGAGCAAUGCUCUGCAGGCGGCUGUUAAAGGGCCGAGUGAAAGGCGCAUGGAGAUUGUGCGAUGGCUGCUGGAUGAGAAAGCUUUCCCGAUCAACCAACGAGAGUUCGAGUACGACAUGGAGAUGUUCGCUGAUCGCCAGUCAAAUGGAUUAGCAACGGCGCUGCAUAUUGCCGCGGAGACGAAUUCUUUGGAUUGUUUGCGGUUUUUACUGGAGCGGGGUGCCGAUGCCAAAUUACCGGACACGCUGGCCUGCACUGCUGAAGAGAGGGGACACAAACGCGAGCAUCAGGAGGCAGUUUCCCUUCUGCGGUUCUGGGAAGGGUAA